UCUCUCAGACUCUCUCAGUGCUUAUUCUUGUCACUUAAUUGUCCCAUUUUGUGUAGUUUUCCAAGUCUUUUUGACAUUUUGGAUGGGUUUCUAUGGAUUGAUGAUUAACUAUGUAGAGUUUUUCAAUGACCUUUUGGUUUUGAUUACUUGGACACCCGAGAAAACCCAGGUUUCCACUAUCGAGGAAAAUAUGACUUCCACCACUUCAGUUUCUGUUCCUCAAGAAUCUUCCCACCGUGAUGAACUCUUAAUGCAGCAGAGCUUGCUUUUUUCAGAUACUCUUAAGGAUUUGAAGAGUCUGAGGAAACAGUUGUAUUCUGCAGCGGAACAUUUUGAGUUAGCCUACUCCAAAGAAGAGCAGAAACAAAUAGUGGAGGAGACUUUGAAAGAUUAUGCCAUUAAAGCUUUGGUCAAUACUGUGGACCACUUGGGUUCUGUAGCAUACAAAGUUAACAAUUUUUUGGAUGAAAAGAUGGGUGGAAUUUGUGGAAUGCAGCUUCGUUUGUCUUGCCUCGAACAGAGACUGCGAACAUGCCAAGAGUUUGUCAGCUUAGGUGGCAUUUCUCAGCAGUCAUUGGUGUUAGAGGCAUCCGAGCACCAUAAGCGGUACAUCUUUCCAGUUGAGGACACCCUGAAUGAUUUUGCUCAGACCAGCCUGAAAUCCCACCCAACUAGCAUGUGUGCUAGAUUAGACUUGCAUCAGUUCAAGAAAAUUGGUAUUCAAGCAAUAGCAGCAGAGACCCCUUCCGAGUGUGUCGGGGAUGAAUUCUUUGUCUUACGCUCUCCACAACCUUUGCCAAGACAACGACCCCUUCUGUUCACAAGCAAAUCAAUGAACCAAAGAGCAGAGAAUCCAUCAACCUCUCCCCGCUACUUUCCACUCCCACGCUCUGGAUCUCUUAUGCAGAGAUCAACCUCUCCAAACCAUCGCAAUGAUAAAAGACGGUACCCUUCAGAGCCUCGAAGAACUAUUUCUUCGUCCACCCUGGGUGAAAGAGAGAGGGCCAAAGAUAUGGAACAAUAUUCUAGCAAAAGCAAACGUCUUUUCAAGGCUAUGCUCAGCUUGCGCAAGCCCAAAAAGGAUGCCACAUUGUACAAAUUCUUGGAUGAGAAUUGAGAGGAAAAGGUUACACUCAAGAAUUCAUAUAAUAUACUAGUUACUAGUAAUUCUUCAUCAGAGAACUUAUGCAAUGGAAAAGGAAAUAUACUGUUGAUUUUUCACCUCCUUAAAUUCAUUGUAGAUUUAAAGUAUCUCCCAAACUGAAAUGACAUAAACAAAAGAAAUAGUUCUUUGUAUAGAGCCUUCUUUGAAAGAAUUCUGAUCUAUAAACUAGUACAACAUAAGCUUCAGAAACA